AUGGUGCUCCACGCUCGCUUGGCCCGCUCAGCGGCGCUGGUCAUCAUGGCCUGCGGCUUCGGCGCCGCCGAAAACGUCGACACCGCAACCAGCAGCGCAGCAGGCAGCGCGCGCGACGUUCCAAACGUAACGGGCAAGCUGGGCGACGCCGCCUCCAUCACCAACAACCCCCCGGGGAGGUACCGAGCCGCAUGGACGGCUACGGCGACGAACCCGUUCUCUGGCUCGGUUGAGGCCAUCAGCAGCCCGAACGGCAAGGGUGUUAUCUUCCUCGUGAACCUGGAGAACUUGCCUGCACAGGGCGGUCCUUUUAGCUAUCACAUACACGACCAGCCCGUGCCCGAAGACGGCAACUGCACCAAGACCCUGGCGCAUCUGGACCCUUACCAGAGAGGACAAAAGCCAGACUGUGAUGCGAGCGAGCCCCAGACCUGUGAGGUUGGGGAUUUGUCCGGCAAACAUGGAAAGAUUGAAGGGACCAAUGUCCAGGACCGCAUGUUCCACGAUAUGUACACAUCCCUGGCGGAGGGCAUUGGCGCCUAUGUGGGAAACCGCAGCCUGGUGAUUCACUUCGCCAACACGACACGGUUCGCGUGUUCAAAUUUCGUGGCCGUGUAUCCGGAUAGAAAGAAAUCAGCUGAGAAGAGUCGGCCCUUGGCUAAAGAUAUGACGCUCCAUGCCAGGCGCAUGUUGAGCUUCAUGAAGGGGUUGCGUGGUGUUUAA